AUGUCCGGCGAAUCUCUCCCCAUCGCCCCCGCCGCCUUCGCCGAGGCCAUCAAGGAGCUCCCUCUCCCCGUCCUCUACGCCAAGGUCUCCGAGAUCCGCAACUCGAUUGCGCACUUGCACCGUUCCAACCAGGAGCUGCGAACCUUCAUCACCGAGUCCUGCGAGUCCGACGCCGACAAGCAAGAACUAGAAAGCUAUAUUGUCGAGAAUGAAGGCGUCGCCGUCUCUAUGACGGAGCGAAUCGAUCUGCUCAAGGCGGAGGUCGAGAAUCGUGGGCAGCAGUGGAUCGAGCUGGACGAGAAAGAGAAAGAGGAACAGAACGGAGAUCCAACAUCGUUACCCUCCCCGCCUGUUAAUGGAGCGGCGCAAAGACCAGCGGCUACGGCGCAGCAGGAUUCGUCCAACCCCGCAUCGGCGGAGAAUUCCGGGGAUGCCCAGGCCGGCCAAGAUGAAGAGGGGGUCUACCUUUGA